UAUCCCAUUUCUGGGGCAGGACCCAGUGUUUCACCCUACAGAAUUCUGCUGGGCUGGGGCUGAUAUUGGUGCUCCUGGCAGAGCACUGGCUGCCUGGUGCCAUUGGGGUUGUGGUUAUGGAGGGAGGCACCAUGGGCUGGGAAGUGUCUGGGGACUGUCACUAACCAGCAGAAAGGGAGGCUGGUGAAGGACGGGGAGACAUCAAAGGAUGGGAAUCACGCCCUCAGUGGCUGUGGGGCCAGGCAGAAUCUGGCUGUGCCCUUGCAAGCACAGCACCCCAUUUCCCAUCCCACCAUUCCCCUUCCAGCUGGCUGCAGAUCAUCCCCCUCCACCCAUCUUCCAGCACCCAGCUGGGGCAGGGGCACCUUGUCAGGAAGGGGAUGUUUCAUCCUUGUGGUGAUGCCCAGUUUAGGAUGAGGAUGCUCCAGCAUUUGCUGGGCUGGUUAGGGCCAUCAAGCCCUUGGCAGGGCUGUGGGGAGAAAGGGAAAGCAAAAAGCCUGGAAUCGGUCGUGGGAACGACGUGGCUCUGGCGGUUGGUGCCGUUGCUUUGGGCUGGGACAGGAGGUCACUUGCCAGCCCACAGGAAGGCAUGAGGAGUUCCCAGAAGGGAAAUGAGGAACAGCUCUUGCCUCAGAAGUGCCCACAAGCCCUGGGGGAGCCUGGGGUAGAGCAGAGCUGCCGGGACAAGGGGAGCAGAGUGUGCUGGGAUGGCCAGGUGCAGCCAGGAGACCCCACAAAGUGGCAUGAACUUGUUCCUGGGCGCUGUCCUGCUGUUCCUGAUGCUGCCUGAUGUUGCCGAAGGACAGGACAGCUGUUCUGUCCCGGCUCGGGGUGAUGAUCACCGUGAGUGCUGCAACACGGCGGUGGAGCAGCAGAACCCAGGGAACAUCCUCCGCCUGUCCCAGCGCUGCCCGGAGCUGUGGAGCUCUGCGAGCCGCGCCUGUGCCUGCCUGCGGGAGCACUCCCUCAGGCUGCUGCAGUCGGGGCAGCACAGUUUGCUGGCUGGGCUCAAGACGCUGCUCCUGACUGUCAGCAGGGCUGUCACCGAUGACAUCCGCAUCGCCUUCUCCCCCACAGAGGGACCCAGCAGGCUGAAAAACACAGAGAAAGGGAAGGCAGGUAAAAUCCACCUCCCCAGGGAGAUAUUCCGGUCCCUGAUUAACAAAACGGUGCAUGUGGUGGUGACAGUCCUCAAUAUCCAGCAGCUUGGCAUGUUCAAGGAAUUCAACCAGACAGCGCAGGUGUUGGACAACACCGUGGUGGGGAUCACAGUGGGAGAGAGCAGCAUCUCGGGGCUGCAGGAGCCUGUGCAGCUCACGUUUGCCCACAGGGAGCUGCCCCGAGGUGUCACCCCUCAAUGUGUCUUCUGGGAUCCCAGCAAAGAUCCCAUCUCUGGAUGUCUCCACAGCAAAAGCUUUGACAGUUGUUGCCACCGCUGGCUGUGGGGUAGCCAUGGCUUUCUCCCUCUUCACCAUGGCCUUCUGCAUCUUCAUAAGGUGGGAUGUGCCAGCAGCUCCACGGGGGCUUGCCAGGCUGGGAGAAAUGCAGAGCAGUGCCAGUGCCUCUGCAUGGACCUGCUGUGGUACAGCACGAGGCCCUGCUCACCUGUGACCCCUGCCCUUCCUGGCCCCUGUGGGACACUCAGGUGCAGGUUCAGGUUUGAGGAGACCGUCCGCAUCAACCUGGGGCUGCACAUGAACCUCAUUGGCAGCCUGUUCCUCCUCAACCUGGCCUUCCUGCUCAACAGUGGGCUCUCUGGCAGGGCCCACCCAAGCACCUGUAGGGUCCUGGGGGGAUUCACCCACUACUGCCUGCUCUGCUGCUUCACCUGGACAGCGCUGGAGGGCUGCCAGCUCUACCUCCUCUUUGUCAAGGUCCUCGGCAUCUACAUCCACCGCUACCUGGCAAAGCUGUGCCUGGUUGGCUGGGGCUUCCCUGUUCUCGUGGUGGGAGUGGCAGGAAUUAUUGGCAGCUAUGGAGAAUACAACAUCCAUACCAUGGACCACCAGGUCAUAGCCAACAUGUGCGUGUGCCACUGCCCACAGGACUCAGGUGUCCCUUUGGCACAGGGAGGGGUAGCUCAGUCCUGCCAGGAGUGCAGCACUCAGGGAUUGCACCCAUGUGGUUUGGCUUUGCACCAUGCUUCUGCUUCUGCUUCCUUAAUUGUGAUUGCAACACAUCAGCCACCCCCACCUCUCAUGCCAAACCUCCUUGGUCAUGCCUGCAGCCCUCCAGGUUAUGGAGGGAUGUCCAAGGUCCACUUGGAGCUUGGUCAGGCUCCCUCCCAGCUGAGCAACACAAGGGCAGUGGAUAUGCACCACUGUCCCCCUGCUUCACCCUGGCCUUGGAAAAUGCCCCCAGGGAAGGCUCCCAUAGGUGCUGCUGAUGCUUGCAUGGCUGCUGGAGACAUCAUGGUUGUCUCUUUUCAGGUGCUGGAUCACUUCCAAACAUAUUCUGGUCCACUACAUCACCAACUGUGGCUACUUUGGCCUCAUCUUCCUCUUCAACAUGGCUAUCUUUGGGGUGGUGACCCAUAAGAGCUGCAGCUUGCAGGGCACUGGGGCAGUGCAGGGAUACCAAAAGCCCUGGAAGGUGGCUUUGGUG